CAGGCACAGCACAAGCGCUGAGCCGAAAACUCCUGUUAACUAGGGUGACAAGUUUCCAGCAAGCUUUGCAUCACGGGGAGAGGGAACACUCGGAUCCCGGCAAUAUAAGGUAUAGGCGCCUCGGUUCGUGCAGCACAGCAGCAGAGCAGAGCCCAUUUUAUUCUUGCCUUUUUUGGAUCUGCGCGCACACAGUCCUCAGCACAAUGGAGCCGGCUCCGCGAUAGCGCAGCGCGAUACGGGCAACACAAAUAAAGUCAUCGCAGCGCCGCUCGCCGAGGGUGCAGCUGCCGGCCAGCCACUCCUUGCGUGGCAGCUCCGCUGAUGGCGUGAUCGCCAAACACUUCUGCGUCCCAGACAGGCCAGCGCCGCUCCCGCCCUCUGCCCUGCGGGGCUCCGGGAGCCGCCCGCAGCCGCAGCACGGCCGGAGCACAGCCCGCGGCUUCCCGAGGCGGCGCCGAGGCGCACCCAGCUCCGGGGUCCCGAUCUGCUGCGCCGGGAAGUUUGUGCCCAUUGACUCCUUGUCCUGUUGCUGGAUACCAUCAAGAGGAGCCUGGUUCCAUCUUUACACCUUCAUCAGGUGUUGGCAGCAGCUGCUGGGGUCUAACAGUAACGGCUUCCCCAACUGAAGAUGUCUAACAAUGGAGUUGAAACAGAAGACAAACCACCUGCUCCUCCAAUGAGAAAUACCAGCACUAUGAUUGGAUCAGGAAGCAAAGAUCCCGGGACUUUAAACCAUGGCUCAAAACCUCUGCCUCCCAAUCCAGAAGAAAAGAAGAGGAAGGAUCGAUUUUACCGAUCAAUAUUGCCAGGAGAUAAAACCAAUAAGAAGAAAGAGAAAGAGCGGCCGGAGAUCUCCCUCCCUUCAGACUUUGAACACACGAUUCAUGUGGGGUUUGAUGCAGUCACAGGAGAAUUCACAGGAAUGCCGGAGCAAUGGGCACGUCUCCUGCAGACUUCCAACAUCACCAAGUCAGAGCAGAAGAAGAACCCCCAGGCAGUGCUGGACGUGUUGGAGUUUUACAACUCCAAGAAGAUCUCCAACAGCCAGAAGUACAUGAGUUUCACAGAUAAAUCAGCAGAGGAGUACAAUUCAUCUAAUACACUGAAUGUGAAGGCUGUCUCUGAGAGCCCUGCAGUGCCCUCAGUGUCUGAGGAUGAGGAUGAUGAAGAUGAUGCAGCACCUCCCCCUGUGAUAGCUCCGCGACCUGAACACACCAAAUCUAUAUACACCCGCUCAGUGAUAGACCCUCUUCCUCCGCCUACCAGAGAUGUGGCCACCUCUCCUAUCUCUUCUCCCUCGGAAAACAGCACAACAGCACCCGACAUGCUGGUCAGGAACACGGAGAAACAAAAGAAAAAGCCGAAAAUGUCAGAUGAAGAGAUACUGGAAAAAUUAAGAAGUAUCGUGAGUGUGGGCGAUCCAAAAAAGAAGUAUACGAAUUUUGAGAAGAUUGGGCAGGGAGCCUCAGGUACAGUUUACACAGCAAUAGAUGUAGCUACAGGACAGGAGGUUGCAAUCAAACAGAUGAAUUUGCAGCAGCAGCCCAAAAAAGAACUGAUUAUUAAUGAGAUCCUUGUGAUGAGGGAAAACAAAAACUCCAACAUUGUCAACUACUUGGACAGUUACCUUGUAGGAGAAGAGCUGUGGGUGGUGAUGGAGUACUUGGCAGGAGGCUCCCUAACGGAUGUCGUGACGGAGACCUGCAUGGACGAGGGACAAAUCGCCGCCGUGUGCCGGGAGUGUCUCCAAGCCCUGGAAUUCCUCCAUUCAAACCAAGUUAUUCACAGAGACAUCAAGAGUGACAACAUCCUGCUGGGAAUGGAUGGCUCUGUCAAACUAACUGACUUUGGCUUCUGUGCCCAGAUCACUCCUGAGCAGAGCAAACGCAGCACCAUGGUGGGUACCCCAUACUGGAUGGCACCUGAAGUGGUGACACGGAAAGCUUACGGGCCCAAAGUGGAUAUCUGGUCUUUGGGGAUCAUGGCCAUCGAGAUGAUUGAAGGAGAGCCCCCCUACCUCAAUGAGAACCCUUUGAGAGCCCUGUAUCUCAUUGCUACUAAUGGGACUCCGGAACUUCAGAAUCCAGAAAAGCUUUCACCCAUAUUCCGAGACUUCUUAAAUCGCUGUCUUGAAAUGGACGUGGAAAAGAGAGGUUCUGCGAAAGAGCUGCUACAGCACCAGUUCUUGAAAAUUGCAAAACCUCUAUCCAGUCUCACUCCUCUGAUUAUUGCAGCUAAAGAGGCAGCCAAGAACAACCAUUAAAGUGGUGAAAUCAAGAGUCAUCAUGUCAAGACUUUUAGAUGUUCAUUUCAGAGACUGAAUUAUUUGCCCUUCUCCCCUUCUGCUCCUUCUUCACGGGGGUGUUCUUAAAAGUUUGACUUGCCCUGAAGGGUGGCAGGGGCAUCAUUCACUGUACGUGGAAGGGCACACAACAGGGAUGUGGCUGAUCUUAGAGGGUGAACUGUACUUCCGUCCUCGGGAUGGGGACGAGAGGGGAAGAACAUUUUGUAUGGUUGAGAAGAUCUUUCUGAGAGCGUCUGAACCUGACCUACAAGUAGUGAAGCCAGUUUGUUCUCAUAUUUCUUAUGGUGUUUAUUUUUAAAAAUAAUGUGGAGCCUUAGACCAUGUUUAUCUUAAUAAAUUAAAUCUUUUGCUGGCUGCAUUUUGCCUGCUUCUGCCAAGCUGCUAUCACACCACAGAGGCUGCUCUGUGCUUUGGAUGACUCAAGGAGGGAAGGAAGCAGGCAGCAGCAAUGUGAACAGCUGUCAGCUGAGAGGGGAACGAGGAGGUGAAGGUGCAUCCCUCCUGCAGCACUGCUGGAUGCUUCGAGAAAGCAUGGACAAAGACUCUGUGUGCUUCCUGCAGCCACUGAAGAACUUAAUUCAUGGAUGGACUCUGCCAAAUUGUAUGAACUGCCCCCUAGUCCUCCCCCCUUUAGUGGCAACUCUACUAGUUAAACAAAUCUUGAAUAUUUUUUUGUUGUUCUAGGAAAUAAAUCACAGGGAAAAAAUGAGAGGGAACUCUUAGGGUUAUUUUAUCAGUGCUGUGAGGCUUUUUAGAGAUGCUGCCCUGCGUGAUUAACAGAGCAAUUACUAUUGUAAAGACAAGAUUUGCCCACAAAAUAUGUUGAAACCUUGUUUCUUAGAGCAAGUCCAAUGGAAAACAAACUGGUAAUGGAUGCUGCUUUCUCCAUGGAGAUGUGGGGACAUGAAUUUUUUUUAAAUGAUGGUUUCUUUAUGCUACUGAUUCCUUGGGUUGCCAAUAUUCUGUAAAACAACAGGAAACCUGGAACUACUAGAAGAGGGACUGGUUGUAAACACUGGGCUUAUGUUCAACUGUAUACUGAUUUUUAAUAAAGUGACUGCUGCAUUUCUUAACCUGGGGCUAGAGGAGAACUGGAGAAUUCACUGUCACCAGACAAGUCUGUCAUUGCUCGUAUGGUCACCAGGUUCUUGAAUGUGUUGGAUGACUUAAUUUAACCUUGUUUCUUACCCCUUCUUCUGCAGCCCUUUGGGGACAAUGAGUGUUUCCCAAGGGCGUAACUUUACACAUAGAGAAAAUUGAUACAAAACAUGUGCAUUGUAACUGUGAGAGCUGCUUUCUCUGUACUGCUUUGGUCACAUAUGGGGUGAGUUCAAACCUAUUCUGGAGUAACCUCUCAUCUUUCUGUUGGACAGAAAUUCAUUCCAUCUUGUUGAGACCUGCUGCUGGCUCAGCCCUUUCCUCCCUGGACCUGGGCUUUGAUUAAAUAUAUUUUUCUGAUUGGCUCCACAGUUUAUGACAGCUCUUACACCAGCUUUAGUGGGUAUAGGUGCCUUGUGAAUUCUUUUGAAGAAUUUUUGAAAUGAAAUGAAAUGAAAGGCCUCUUUUCUGAGGGGCCUUCUUCCAUCCUUUGUGCUCCAGGGUGGUCACUGUUUGACAAAAGGCUGAGGGGUGAAAUCGUUGCCCAAAUUUGCAACCUCUCUCCCUUUGUGUAUGUAUAUUUAAUCUCCCAGAAUUGUUAGGUUUCCUCUCACAAAGCUUAUAUCCAAGGAUGAGUUCCUUGGGCAAAACAGUACAGCUGCCAACCUGGAAAGGGAUAUGAUCUAUUGAUGAGCUCAUCUGCUUGAAGCUUAGAUGGAGAUAGUGGAAUAGAAGGCCACUAUGUUUAAAUAAUUCUCUUUGAAAAGGACUUUGUAUUCCCUCUGGAAGACUCAGGAUGGCAUAUGUGGGAGGAAUAGAAUUAGUGUCUAGCUCUCUCCUGAUCUGAAAUCUCAUUUGACUGUCAGAUUUGGCAAUUGACUAUUUUUCAGACAAGGCAGGGUUCAAUUUGAUCCACAAUGUGUUUAACGUCUCUGACUUCUCUUUGAUUCCCUUCCCCACUCCCUUCUCUGCAUCUCAUUGAGAUGAGAACCUUAAUGCAGAUGUGCCCUAUCUGUGAGCAUGCAAGGGAGUUUAUUUUCCUGCAGCAAGAUUUCUGCUAAACUUCCCCAAACAAGAUAGAAAAGGUUAUUUUUAUGUCUUUUAAGCUGCUCUUCUGGAUCCUCUAUUGCAUAAUGGAAAGGGAUCUACAGUGACUAUUUAUCCCUCCUUUUACAAUGUGCUUCUGUCUCGUCGGCUUCUACAUUGGUUUGGUCCUGCCUGGUUUCUGUUGGCUGCUGGAGAGGAGUGUUGCCAAAAGCCUUUCCUUCUGCUGGGAAAAGCUGCAAGACUCUGCCUAUGCUUCUGUGUCAUCUUGUCCCAGGCUGUUUUGUCCCCACUCGUGAUGGGUGGGUGGGAAAAGGAGGCGAUUGCUACAGUUUGCCUGGACCUAGUUUCCAGUUACCAGACACAUCAUAUUUUUGUGUUCUCAGAAAAUCCUUUGGAAAAAAGUGUAGUUAGCCUAAUCUUAGGAGAAUGGGUUUAUUUUGUUGUUCUGAAAUGCAUCCUUUCCUCUCCUUUUGUGUGUGAGUCGCCCAGAACCAGCUCCUCCGUUAGCUUUUGAAGAGCCCUUCCUGUCUACAGCACACUCUUGUCUACAGAGGGCUCUUAAAUAGUGACUUUCUGACUUAAAAUUUAAUAUUCAGGGCUUAUUUUUCCGAUAAUAUCUUGUCCCUGCUGUUACUUGAAAAUGACUACAAUUUGACAGCUUCUUUGGUGCCUUUUUUUUUCCUCCUAACUUUCUCUUAUUAACUGAUUUCCCUGAGUUGAAACCAUUUUUAACCACAGCCCUUAAUUAUUAAUUUGCCUGCUAAUAUUAAAGUUCUCUCCUCCAUAUUAGAACAUUAAAUUUCAGAAAACUUUCAGAAAAUUGAUUUUUUUUUUGAGGGAUCUCAAGCAAUCUUAUACCAGAAAUAAUUUAAUAUCCUACAGUUUACAACGGGCUUGGUGGAGGGAGAGGCUAAAAGACAUCUUAUUUUCUUAAACACAGAGAUUAUCUUAUUUAAAUAUCAACUGGUAUCUUCAAUAAGACUUUACCUGUGUUUUAAGAGUGGGCAUUGAUUUGCAUUAGUUUAGCUAUUAGGAUUUUUAGGGUUUAGAGGUUUUCUAAACAAACCAAAUUUUAUUUGGGUCCAAGAGUUUUUGCAUGAGACGGGUAUGGCGACCAUGUGAGAAGGUGGGUUAUAUGGGCAACACUGUCAGGCACAUGAUGUGAUUCUUGGAGUUGUCCUGUUCAGGGCAAGGAGCUGGACUCAAUGAUCCUUGCAGAUCCCUUCCACCUCAGGAUAUUUUGUGAUUCUGUGAGGCUGAGAGUGAAGAGCCAGGAUAGGGAUGGGAGGGUACAGCAGAACUAGCUGGCUGCAGCAGCAGUAGCACACCUUUAGCCAUCCCUGAAAUGUCUUCAUUUAAUGGAUGUGUGUUUAAAGAACAAAAAUCUGACUGAUUUGUUGCUACAGGCACUUCUCCAGACAGGCAUUAUGCUCCUACCAAACUGCCUUCCCCUUUUAAACAAAAGGGGUGCAGGGAUUUCUCCAGGAAAGGAGGCUCCUUGAGAAAGGAGGUUUCCAUGGAGACACUUACUUGACUUAAACGAUCUGGCUAAGGCUUGAGAAGAGGUUUGGUGGGUAGACACCACAUCGACACAAAAGACACUGUUUUGCAAAGCAGCUGGAGUUGCUGCAGUGUUUUGUUGCCAACUUGAUGCCCCUUUUCAGGGGGUUGGUUUUGAAAAAGUACUGAGAAUGUUGCUUGGUCAGGACUGUGAGGUGUAUAAAAGUCUGGCUCUUCUUAGCUGAGAUCUCUGUUAGUAUCCCGAUGAAUCUGUCUCAAAAAGCUGCAGGUCGGUGUAAGUAGGGCAUGUUUGCAGCAGAGUUCUGUGCGAGAAAGGAUUGCAAUGGUCUGUAGUCAGUGCCUCCUUUCUUAGAGCCCACCCUUCCUGGCUGACAGCAAAAUUGGUUCUGACCAGUUUCCAGGAAUAAUAUUUGUUUGAAGCCCACUCUUAAUUAAGAGCAUAGUCUAUUCAUCUGGUGAAUGACAACAUCCUCAGUGUUGAAAUUGUUAAAGGUGAACUGAUUAUCUGCUGAUUAUAAAGCGGUAAAACUUUUUAAUGGCUUCUUAUUUCUGCUGUAAUAGAAAGCCUGUAAAUGUAUUUUGGGGUCAUAAGCCCAACUGGAUGGAGCAUAUGUAUAAUGAAUGCUGUAGGAUCUCAUAGUUUAUUACUAAUGACAACUCACGGUGGCAAAGGUGGGAUCUUGGAGAAGCAGCUGCCAGCUUUGAUGGGGAAUGGCCAACAGCAACAAAGCUGCUGGACAGAUGGGAGCUGGACAGAAACAUUCUGCCAGAGUGGAGCCUACAGUGAGUGGUGGGAGACAGAGUUGGUCCAAAGGGUAGGAUGGAGCAAAGGUUAAAACUUCAGUUACACAGUUGCUGAGGAAAUUCAGGGAGUGCCCCAGCAGCCCUGCUGCAUCUCAAGGCAGCAGCAUCUCUGAAGGAGGAGAGCAGAAAGGAGUCUGGGAAGGGAAAAGGCGCUGAAAGUAGAGAGAGGAGUAGCAAUAUGGCUCUGAGUCACAGCCUGUGCUAAGACCUGGAGCUAAUCCAGGAGGUUCACAAAAAAUUAAAAAAUUCAGCUGAAAAGGAAAAGUGGAGCUAGAAUGGAGGAGAUGGCCUUGAUGUGCCAAGGAACUGAAGAGAGGGGCCAGAUUUCCUGAAUGUGUGAAACAGCAGAAACUAAUUUAACACAGGCUUCUGUGGAUGACAAGCAGCUCGUUCCCUCCUGCCUUGCAGCACCAGUGUCUUGUCUUUGAGAUCAGCUCUGCUUUGGGAUCACGUCAGCAGCUGCCCAACUUCAGUCUCGUGUUUGUAAAGAAGGCUUUUUGCUCUGCUCCUACUGAUUUCUGACUGCAGCUCUCCACUGUUGGUAGAUGUCUUUGUGUUGUGUCCCACCUGGAAAUACAGAGGCCGUUGCAGUUUUAAAAUCUGCUGGAUAAUGUACUUCUCCCCAUGCUGCCUUGGCAUAACUCCUGUACUGUACUGCUGGGUUUGUUUAAUGUGCCAGGUCAGCUCAGACAUUUUAAAAAUAAAAACUGAAACCUUAAAUAAAACCUUGAUUAAUUA